UCGGCGCGGUUGUCAGACGUGAGUUUCCCCGGAAAACUUCCUAAAGAUUUCGUAGCGAUCGAGAGUCGACAAAAAAGAAAAUCGAAAACUUUAUUAAGAAGAUAAUAAAACCUUUUUUUUUAAAUCGUUAUUUUCGAGUGAUAUGUGUCUGUUUGACUACAUAUUUGGAAAUUGAACUUGAGUUAUUGAGAAGUUGGUGAGACAUUUUCCGGAUUCAGAACAGGGGAGUAUAUGAAUAAAAGAACUUAAAGAGGGUCCAGGAAAAAUGAUCGGGAAGUCGGUUAUCCUAUUGGGAUUUUUGACUUUCGUCCUGUGGAAGGCCUCGGGCCGAAAACUUGGCAAAAGGGAGGUCAUUCCGCAAAAUCCCGUUGUAUUCGAGGCGGAGGGCGACAGCAUAUAUCCCUGUCCUAAUCCUUGCGGCUGUCCCUCCACCGGCCAGGACUGUACCGACUGCGGUCCCUGUCCCCGGCAGGCGGGCGAGCCCUGCGACGAGGACGACCAGUGCGACGUCCAGAGGGGAUUAGUGUGCAAAUACAGGCACGGCGAUAACGAAGGCGUUUGUAGAGAAUCUUCUGGAGUGCCUUGCGUUGUCUAUAAUAAGACAUAUGAUCACGGAGAAACAUUUAAUUUGGAUUGUAGGACUCAAUGUGCAUGUCAGAACGGGACAUACGGAUGCUCGAGUCUAUGCCCCCAGGAACAUAUAUCUCCGCGGGAGUGUCAGCAUCCCCGAUUGGUAGAUGUAGCCGGACAGUGCUGCAGAGAAUGGAUGUGCGAUAGCAGAACAGCAGAACAACCGCCAUCUUGCCAGCCGUCAUUCUCCAGAUGGUCGGUGUGUUCCAGCGAGUGCGGCUCUGGACUGUCCACCAGGAAGUCCAACCUUAACGCCCAAUGCUUGCCCAACACCGAGACCAGGAUAUGUCAGAUUAGAAGAUGUCAAGAUGAGGAUUACGUCACUAGUCAUCGGAAGCAUCAUCAUUUGAGGAAGGGACAUGAAUGUAAGGCAACGCACCGUCUUAGCGAAGCUGUGUUUCUAAGAUUCGGGCCUUGUAGAAGUAGGAAACGGUUCAGACCCAAAUACUGCGGAUUGUGUCCGAUACCCGGUAUGAUGUGUGAACCCAACCUCAGUACAACUGUCAAAGUGGAUUUUAUUUGUGAAGGUCCUGGAUCAUCAGAGAACCCAACCGAUCUCCUUCCAGAAUACCUGGAACCAGCAUCAGACUUCUGGGCGGACGAAUUCCCACCCAAGUACGACUCAGACGAUUCCCGACUCAUCACAGUCCUCGUCCAGUGGGUACUGAAGUGCCGAUGUACACCGGAAACACCCGAAGUCACGACACAAAGCACGACCAGUAGCGUCCCUAAGAUAAUUUUACACAGGGUGCACAGGACUUAAAUUGGACGAUGAAGUCCAGUGAAGUCAGUCGGGUUGUGAUUCGUUCAAUAUGCGUAAAAAUUGUACAUAUAUAUUUGUAAUGUAAAAGGUUUUUUGGCAUAUCACUUAUCGGGAGAGUCGUUCCGAGGUAAUAAUAUUAGUAAUACCAAGAAGGGGGUCCACUAUCACCAAGAACACGUGUUUUUAAUGUAAGUAAUUUUUUCAAUAUCAGAUUUUAGGUGAUGUUCUUAGAUUGUAUAGUAUGUAUAGGGUGUAAUAAUACAAUCUGCCUCUAUUAAGUUAAACUAUUCUGUAAAGCAGAGACUGCUGGUAGAAUUAUCAUUUUACACAGACCGGAAAAGUCUAGGGAUAUUACAAU